AUGGCCAUCAACAUUGCCGGGGUGCUAAUCUACCUCUACGGAGUCGACGAACUACACCCAAAGAAAGCGCAAGACACGACGGUCCUUUUUCAUGUCCAUGGCCGCACAAGGGAUUACCACGACGGAGAAGACAUCGCGCACCAGGUUCUGUUCGAAAAUAGAAGGCUCAGCCCUCUCUCGAAAGGCCUGGUGAUUGCAACAAUGGACAAUCGCAAUCAUGGGGCAAGAGCUAUUGAUACAGUUGCUGCCCAAGACUGGAGGAGUGGAAACCCGAAGCACGCACAAGACAUGCUUUCUACGAUGGACGGCAUCGUUGCAGACAUCAAAAUUGCCAUCCGAUUCCUGCAGAGUUAUGUCGAGGACCGCUUUAACCCGACUCAGUUCAUUAUCUCCGGCAUGUCGCUGGGGGGCCAUGUAGCGUGGAACAUGCUAGCUGAAGAACCGCGCUUGACGGCUGCUGUUGUCAUUGUCGGGUGUCCAAAUCUCGCCGACAUGAUGGCUGAACGGUUCCAUGCAGCCGAAUCCGAUGGCUCCAUUGAUGCAAGCAAGUGGCCCCUGUCCAUCCAAAAGCUGUAUCAAGAGCGCGAUAAAAAUGUAGCAGCAAUUAAAGGGAAGGAGAUACUAAUCAUGAACGGUGCGCUGGAUAAAGUGGUCCCCAGCAAGUAUUCAGAUUACUGGGUGGAGAUGUACGGUGAUCAGAACGACGUCGCGUUUCAUGUCUAUGAGGAUACGGGGCACUGUGUGUCAUUUCAGAUGAUGGAUAGGAUAAUACAUUGGGUUUAUGGCCAAUUGAAUUAG